UCAAGAAACAUUUAAAAAAUGCCUUGUUCUUGACUCUGGACUGGGUCCUUUUUGAUUGGGUUCUUUUGUCUCAUUUUAGGGGAUUUUCCCCCUUUACCUCUUCACCCCUUUUUCCCCUCUUUUUCAACAUUGCCUCCUUUUUCUUCCCCAUUUUUGAACGAGUUUGUCUCAUUUUUACUUCUUCUUGAGAGGUCAUACCCAUUUUUGGUGAUUUGUAAAGGACCGCCUUGCUGUAAAACUAAGGGUCCGGCUCUAGGCCGAUCUCUAAUUUUUAAUUUAAUUAAAAUUUUUUUUGAAAUUUAGGCGUGAAACUCUUUUAAAUAUUUUACCGUCCUCUACUCGUCGAGAUGGAAUGGAAACUUUGGAAGAGUAUGAAACAAACUCUACCCAAUCAUUAACUGAAGGGACGAGUCAAACAACUCCUGAUUAUACUGAACUGCAUGGGGGAUCGGUUCCCUGCCCUUCCUGUAAAGGUUCUGGACUUAUCCCAAAAGAAUUGGAAGGUACUUUGGUUGCUCUAAUUCCAGUGAAUGAUGAAAGACUUAAACCAAAACGGACUUGUUUAAUCGUCUCUUUUUGGGUUUCUCUUUGUGUUUUUGUUGGAAGUGCUCUAAUUUUUUUGUUGAUGCCUAGAACUGUGACUUUAAAUUCAAAUAGAGGGCCGAUUGAAAUUGUCUAUGUUACUGGACGUGAUGCUAAUCAUUCUUCUUUUAUUGAUUUCCAUUUUAUGAAUAAAAUUAACGUAACAAGUGGAAAUUAUAUUCCAGUCGAUUUGGUUAAUAUUACAUCAAUUAUUACGUCAAAAUUUCAGCCUUGGUCAACUGACGUUGUUGGACAUGGUCUAAAUAAAAGUUUUACUGAAACGUCUCCAUUAAUUUUGUAUCGAACAACGAGGGAAUUGGCUUUUAACAAUUCUGUGUCUUUAAAAGGAAUUAUUGCGUGA